AUGUCCCGCCUGGGGACUGGCCGCUGGAACCUCCUGCACAUCCUCUCCCUCUCUUACUGUGUAGUUUCUCUACAUCGGGUGAGGUGUCGUGAGGAAGGCGCCGGCCACGAGGGGGUGGAUAACGUAGAGUCAGAAGACGGAGAGUCCUCCUCGCACAACACAUCAGUCUAUAGCAUAAGCAUACCGAACGCUAGGGACACGGAACGACACCGCAGUAUCGAGUGUCACUUAUACCUCAAUCACUCUCAGUACGGGCGUAAGAUGACAGUGGCCGUGGGUUUCGUCGCCUACUCCGCCCUGGCCAUCGGCUCCUGCUGGAUCCCCAACCUCUCGGCUCUCCUGCUCUCGCGCUUCCUCAUGGGCGCCGUCCACCCCACGAUACAGAAGACGGGAUAUAUACUAGGCAUGGAGGUCGCGGAUCCCAAGUGGCGCACGCAUAUCGGCAUUGUAUUGUUUCUGCCAUGGGCGCUUGGUCUCAUGGCGUGGGGCGGGUUCGCUUACCUCGUCCGGGAAUGGCGGAUGCUUCAGCUGACCGUGUCUUUGCUGUGUCUGGCCUUCUUGCCUACUCUGUGGUUCAUGGACGAGUCGCCUCGGUGGCUGGCCGUGAGGGGGCAGCACCGGCGCGCCCUCCGAGUGCUGCAGAGGGCCGCCAGGUGGAACGGGUCGCCCUCCCCCCGAGGACGAGCUUCUGCUCUGCUCAAGGACGGAGUCAAGGACGAGGUGCGAGCGCGUGCUUGUGCGCAUGUGUAA